AUGAAUUUAAGGCCAUUUAUUAAAACCCACAUAAAGACUAUUAUGACAAAUUUUGAUGUUCAGAGAGGGCCCUUUGAUUCCUUUCUAAGAGAAUACUACAAAAACAACAAGACUCUUGGGCCUUCUGAGCGCUCAAUAAUUUCCUAAACCGCAUUUGAUCUAAUUAGAAAUGAUGUUCUGCUCUCUCAUUUUACAAAAGAUGUGGAUAGAAAAUGUGAUCUCUUAUCCCAUAUACCUGAUUAUGAGAAGGACCAAAAUAUUCCACUGAAUAUUCGAUGUAGCUGUCCAGAGAUACUCUUCCAAUUAGUUUCUGACUAAUAUGGUUAAAAAAAGGCUUAUGAGUUCUUUACUGCAUUGAACACCAAAGCACCGUUGACGAUAAGAAUAAAUCCAAUUAAAACAACCAGAGAAAAGCUAAUGAUGGAAAUGCAGAACCUUUAUUUCAAAAAGACCUUGACUUCCCCCUAUGGAUUAUUAGUGAGCAAAGAGAAUAAUGUGAAUUUGAGUGAUACAGAUUAAUUUAAAGAAGGAUUGUUUGAAAUUCAAGAUGAGGCCUCUUAAAUCUGUGCUCUUAGAGUUCAAUGCAAACCUAAUGAUAAAGUACUCGAUUAUUGUGCUGGAUCUGGAGGUAAAACGUUGGCAUUUGCUCAUCAAAUGGAAGGUAAAGGAGUGAUUGAGAUUAAUGAUACCAGAAGUGAAGCACUUUCUAAAGCAAAAAUUAGAUUGAGAAGAGCAGGUAUUAUGAACUACAGUUUCUUUACGAAGAAGUUUAAAUAUGAUUGGAUUCUAUUAGAUGUCCCUUGUACUGGUUUAGGAACAUUGAGAAGAAAUCCUGACUCAAAAUAUAGAUUUUCUUAGGAAAGAUUAAAUGAUUUAAUAAAACUGUAAUAAGACAUAUUCGAUUAAGCAAUAAGAUACUUACGAUAAGAUGGAGUGAUUGUCUAUACAACUUGUAGUUUUUUGAAAGAUGAAAAUUAGAAUCAAGUGAAGCAUUUUUGCAAGAAAUAUAAUUUAAGUGUCGUGGAUAACGAUUACUUCUAGAGCUUACCUGAGAAAGGUGGGAUGGACAGCUUCUUUAGUAUUAGUUUGAGAAAAAAUUGA